AUGUCUCGCCAUCAUCCCGAUCUCGUCAUGUGCCGCAAGCAGGCCGGCAUCGCCAUCGGCCGCCUCUGCGACAAGUGCGACGGCAAAUGCCCCGUCUGCGACUCCUACGUCCGACCGACGACCCUCGCCCGCAUCUGCGACGAGUGCAGCUUCGGCAACUACCAGAACAAGUGCGUCGUCUGCGGCGGAGAGGGUAUCUCGGACGCGUUCUACUGCUUUGAAUGCACGCGACUGGAGAAGGACAGAGAUGGGUGCCCCAAGAUUAUAAAUCUGGGCAGUUCAAGAACAGACUUGUUCUAUCAGAAAAAAACGAACCGAAAUGCGAAUUAUUAA